UAUAAGGCAUGAACGGAGCUCUUUCUCUCUACCCAAGAAAAAAAAAAAAAUAAAAAGUCAUGGUCCCUCUUCUCCUCAUCCUAUCAUCAUCCCUGCUAAUUUCCCCAACCAGCUCUGCACCCGUCCACUCCUUCAUUCAAUGCUUCACCAAUCAAACCAACUCCCCUAACCUCCUCUACCUCCCCAACACCUCUUACUUCAACUCCGUCCUCCUUUCCUCCGUCCAAAACCAACGCUUCCUCCUCUCACCAACCUCCACUAAGCCAUCUCUCAUCGUCUCCGCCACCUCUGCAUCCCAUGUCCAAGCCACCAUCAUCUGCGCCCGCGCCUCCAGUCUCCGCCUCCGCACCCGUAGCGGCGGCCAUGACUAUGAAGGCAUGUCUUACUCCGCUUUCAAAGGCCCUAACUCCACUCCCUUCAUAACCCUCGACAUCUCCGCUCUCCGUUCCGUAUCCAUCGACACAAGCUUAAAAAUCGCUUGGGUUCAAGCUGGCGCAACGCUAGGCGAACUGUACUACGCCAUCGCCCAAAACACCAAAACUCUAGCCUUUCCAGCAGGACUAUGUUCAACGGUUGGCGUAGGUGGUCAUUUGAGCGGAGGUGGGAUCGGCUCUUUGGCGCGGAAGUACGGUGCCUCCGUCGACAAUAUCGUAGACGCUUGGCUUGUUGAUGUAAAUGGCCGCCUCCUCAACCGGAAGACGAUGGGAGAGGAUCUUUUCUGGGCGAUCCGAGGUGCUGGCUCUGCGGGAUACGGCGUCAUCAUCGCCUUCAAAGUCAAUCUUGUAGCCGUCCCACCAAAAGUGACAGUUUUCAACGUGGACAAGACGUUGAGACAAAACGCCACAAAAGUCGUGGCACGGUGGCAAGAAUUGGCUCACCAAUUCGACGUUAAUCUGUACAUCCGAGUAAUAGCUCAAGCCGACACCGACGCAGAUGGGAGUAAAACAAUACAAGUUACAUUUAACUCACUUUACCUCGGGCGGAAGGAGGAGUUGCUCCCCUUAGCACAGCAGAGUUUUCCUGAGCUUGGUUUGAAGGCUACCGACUGUAUUGAAAUGAGUUGGAUUGAGUCAAUUCUGUUCCUCUACAGCGGCGCGAGAGUGCCACCGGAGAUGCUGCUGGAUAGAAACCCAGAGUUCAACAGCUCUUUCAAGGCAGCAUCAGACUUUGUUAAGCACCCCAUAGCAGAGAGUGGGUUAGAGGAGAUCUGGAAGUUUAUGAUGGAAGCUGAGGAUGAACCGCUGGUGCUUAUACUAGAUCCCAUGGGUGGGAGAAUGAGUGAGAUAAAGGAGGAAGCUCUGGCUUUUCCUCAUAGAAAUGGGAAUAUUUAUAACGUGUGGUUUGAGACAGAGGAAGGAGUGACGGAGAAGCAUUUGGAAUGGAUGCGGAAAUUGCAGCGAUUCAUGGCGCCUUAUGUGUCGAGCAAACCGAGAGCAGCGUAUUAUAAUUAUAAGGAUAUUGAUUUAGGGAGAAAUGUGGAGGGGAAGGAGACGAGUUACUUGGCUGCAAGGAUUUGGGGGACUAAGUAUUUUAAGGGGAAUUUUAGGAGGUUAGCGAAGGUGAAGGGUAGGGUGGAUCCUGAAAAUUUCUUCUGGAACGAGCAGAGUAUUCCAGUGUUGCAGGCUUUUGGUAGCCUCAGGGAAUUGUUUUGAUCAAAGCUGGUUGAAGAAGAUGAAAAUAAAAGAAAAAUCUCUCCUUGUGAUGGCUUUGCAGACUCUCCUACUUUCCCUUUCAAUACACUUUCAGGGGGCAGAAUUUGUUUUUUAGUUAUUGGGAUGAAUAUCUUGCUUCUUGGUGUAUAUUGUAUUUUGUGCUAUAAGCCUCUACCAGGCUUCUAGCAGGAAUUAAUUCAGUAGUUUCUUAUGAAUCAGGUAUGGCAACUUACUAGGUAUCAGCUUGAAACUAAAACAUAAAAUGUGCAUCUUGCC